UGGCUGCGCCCUGAGCCUCCGCGCACCGACCCUCGCCUCUGGCGGCGGGCUCACUCGCGGGGAGCCCGCGUCCACUGCCCUUCGCAGCCUCCGGAGCAAGGGCGAGGCCCGGGGAGCAGCGGGACAGCCAUGGCGGAGCCGGAGGCCGCGGCCGAGGACCUGGACGCCCUCAUUGAUGACCUGGACUACCUCCCGGGCCACUUCCACCUGGAGAUGCAGCUGAACUUCGAGCCGCGCUCGCCGGCCUCGCUCCGUGCCCGGGACCUGAAGCUGCAGCGGGACGGCCUGCGGCAGGAGCUCGAGCUAGCGGCCGCCCCGCAGCGCCCCGCAGUCCACCACCUCCUGGGCGCCUUCGCCUUCUACCUGGAGGAGCUGGACGAGGCCCGCGAGCACUUCCUCAAGGUGGCCCAGGAGGACCCGGGCAACCUCAACGCCUGGGCCAAUCUGGCGCACGUGUACGGCCGGCUGGGGCAGGAGGAAGAGGAGGAGGCGUGCGCCGGGCAGCUGGCCGGCCUGAUGGGCCUGGCGACCGACCCCGAGGCCGCGGAGGACCCCCAGCUCCGCGCCGCGCGCUGCCUGGCGGAGCAGGGCUACGCGCACGGCUUCGACGUGGGCUGCGCCAGCCCGGAGGAGCGCGCGCGGGUGCUGGCCGCUGGCAUCGCGCUCUACGACAAGGCGCUGAGCUACGCGCAGCAGAUCCCGAUAGAAGAGAAAAGGAGCUGGUACUUCACCAUGGCAACGCUCUUCAUCAGGCUCGAUGGCAUCUUCCUGGAGCUGGGCAACGAGGAACAAAAGAGGCUGCCCGCCUUCAACCGCACGCUGGCCCUGCUCCGGCAAGUCCUCAAGUCCUCAGACCCCCACCACCAAGCUCUGGCCUGGUGCUACCUCGGGAUGCUGCUGGAGAGGAAGGACACCUUCUCCACGACCCCCCUGGGCAUCCAUGACUGCGGUUACUCGGGGACUCACCCCCUGGACUGCUUUGGCAAGGCCAUCGAGAUUUCCAAGGACCAACCCCCUAUCCUGAAUCGCCUGGCCAAAAUCUUUCACUUCCUAGGAAAGCAGGAUAUGGCCAUUGGCACCUGUAACAUGGCCCUGGAUGUCCUACGCGAUCCGGAACUCAACUGGCAGGCGUACUGCACUAGGGCCAAGAUCCACAUCAGAGCCUACCUCCGCGGCCUGGAGCGAGGCAAGAUGGGGCUCGGCGGCGUGCCCGACAGGAGCCACCUGGCCCGUGCCAAGGCCGACCUCGAGGAAGUGGUCAAGGUGUGCCCAGGCCUCAAGACCUACCUGGACAUCGGCCAGGUCUACUACUACAUGGGCGUGGACGCCGUGCAGGAGCUGCUGACGGUGGACGAGGCGGCGCUGAACCAGGCGCUGGUCUUCCUGGCCAAGGCCGGCGAGUCGGAGCUGGGCGCCACGCUGCCCGAGCUGCAGCUGCUGCGCGGCAAGUGCCUGCGCAUCAAGGGCGAGGAGGCCAACGCGGCGGCCUGCUUCAAGCGCGCCGUGGAGCUGGACGACGCGGGCUCCAGCCACACCGAGGGCUUCGGCUGCCUGCUCGAGGCGCUGCUGGCGCAGUGGAGCCAGGCGCAGCUCAGCGACGGCGAGCUGGGCCGCGAAGUGGACGCGUGGCUGCGCCGCGCCCAGAGCAAGUACCCGGCGGCGCGGCUGCGCCAGGAGCUGCAGCGCGUGUGGCGCGGCCACACGGCCGAGGUGCUGGGGCUGGCGCGGGCCCUGGUGGCCCAGCGCCGCCCGGCGCUCGUGCGGCUGCUCUUCGAGACCAUGGAGCGCGAGCGCGAGGGGGCGCCGCGGCUCCGCCGCGCCUUCACCUUAUGAGGGCCGCCCGCCGCGGAUUGGGCCAGGUCGGGGCGCUGGAAAUAACUGGAAGGGGGACGUUGAGGCACUAGGGAGGUUUGACGUGCCCCCCGGGGCAGAACGGCCUGGUUAAGGAGAGCAAGGGAGGCUGGGGGCAGACGCGAGAGGCCACCGGGAAACUGCCAAAUGAAGGACAGAAUUGUGCAAAAAUGUACAAAAAAAAUGAGAUGGCUGCGAGUCUCCUAGGAGAUCCAGGAGACAGCUGCCUCCAUUUGGCGGCCUAGUCUCUGUGCGCAACCCCAGGCCUGAGUGCCUGUCUCUGGAUUCCCGUGAGCCACACUCUAUCCUUAUAAUGAAGCCGCCUUGACUUCAGUUGGCUGGAGUGGGUCCUGCAGCCAGAAAAGCCAGGGCUAGAGCAGAGGGCAAAGAAACCUGCACAGGGAGCAGGUGAGGGGCCGGCCGAGACUACGCCUGUGCUCGGGGCUCUGCCCCACCCGUCUAGCAGUCUUCCAGCAGGCCUCAUCCUUGGUCAGCUUGGUCUGAAAGGCCCCGACUCCCUGAAAUAAAGCCCAUCAAUAGAACCUUCGCUUGACUUCCCUGUUCUUGGGGGGAACCUAGGGACCCCACCCAUCAAGAAGUGCCUCCUGUGCCCAAUCUUGAAAUUUCUACAAGAGAGUGAAGAAAAUCUUGGAAUUUUACACUCUUGGAAUCCUAGUCAUAGAAUCUUAGAUGUGGAAUUUUAUUGUCAAAGACUUAGACUCUGAUUGCUGCCAAAUCUUAGGAUGGCCAAGCUGGAUUCUUGUGGCCCCAGCUACAAGAGCUAACUUAAUCUAAAAUUCCAGAUUAAGUUCUUGCCAGAUUCCAGGAAUGCUGGUUGGACAUAACUGCAAUGGCAAGACCCCAUGAUGGUUUGUGAGUUAUUUUGCAUUUUUCCUUUCUUUAAAGACUUAUACUCACCGCUUUGCUCAUGUCCCUGAUCCUUAGACUUUACCAGGGACGGGCCAGCAGCCCUGCAUUGCUUCUCAUGUCUCCAGUGACAGAUGGAGAACAGAGUGAGAACUGCAGUCCUUAGAGGUCAUGCACCGCAGUCCUCUCAUUGCACAAAUGGGGAGAUCGAGAGCCCUAGAAGAGAAGUGGCUUGCCCAGAGUCAGACUUCCUAGUCUGCGCCACCCCACCUACCCAUACUCAAAUUUACAUCCAGCAUUUUCAGGUUUGUAAAAAUACUAAUAAACUGAUUAACACUAAA